CGCGUUCAGCGCGACGAUCGGCCGAAGCGAGCGAGCGCGCGCGCCGCGCGUGUUAUAUAGUAAUAUAACAUAUUAUAUUCAGUCAAACGGAGCGGAAGCCGAAUUCAUAAACCAGCGGAUCGUGUUGAAAAGUUUUAGUUGGUACCGAGCUGAGCUCAAAGGAAGGUCGCUCCAAGUGAAGCCUAGAGGCAGUUUCGAUUUCGUGGAUUUUCUAAUCCCAUCUCGAAGUGAGCCCGUGAAGAGCUAGUCGUUCGGGGGAAAAUACUGGAUUUUUCUCUUUCUCUGUAAAUCAACAUCCUGGACGGGAUCAAUCAGAAGAACAACAUGAUUCAGGUGGCGAAGAAAACCACGCUGCAAAAGUAUUUUCCGCAACUCGUUGCUGGAUUAGGAGUGACGAUGGUGCUGGUGCAAUUGGGACUGUCCAGCGGCUGGUCGUCGCCCUAUCUGCCCAAGCUCCAGCAUCCGGACUCGGCGCUGCGGCUCACGGCGGACGAGGCCUCCUGGGUCGCCAGUCUGCUGAAUCUGGGCCGCUUCUGCGGCGCCUUCUGCGGUGCCCUCUCCGUCAACUACUGCGGCACCAAGCGCACGAUGCUCUUCAAUCUCAUCCCGGUGAGCAUGUGCUGGCUCCUGACCAUUUUGGCGCGCGACGCCCGUUGGCUGUACGCCGCGCGCUUCAGCGGUGGCUUGGGCCUCGGCAUGACCUACAGCUCGUUCCCGCUCUAUCUGGGCGAGGUGUCGUUCCCCGAGAUCAGAGGCUCGCUGGUGUCGAUGGCCUCGUGCGGCGGUACCUUCGGCGUGAUGCUGAGCAACAUCGCCGGCAAGUAUCUGGCCAUGGAGGUGUCGGCUUCGAUCUACCUGGCACCGUGUCUGGUAUUCAUCGCCCUUUUCUGGUGGUUGCCCGAGUCACCCCAUUAUCUCAUCAAAAGAAAAGACUUUAAAGCAGCCAAAGCAUCGAUCUCCUGGUACCGAGCCGAUCACAACGUCGAGGAGGAAUUCGAGUCCGUCCAGCAGUUUAUCAACGCGGCCAAAGAGCAAAGCUUCACCGAGAAGCUGGCCGAGUUCAAGAAGCCCGCGAUCCGACGCGCCACCAUACUCGUCAUUCUGCUCUGGACCUUCAUGCAGAUCUGCGGCUUCAACAAUGUACUCUUCUACAUGGUGCAGAUUCUGCAGGACUCCAAGGUCAAUAAUCCCGAGGACUUCGCCAUGUACGUGAGCGCUGCCGGUGUCGCUGCGUCGACUCUCUCGAUCGUGAUGAUCGACCGAUGCGGAAGACGUUGGUUGCUCAUCGUUUCGAGCAUCGGCGUGUCCAUCGGUCUGGCCGGCCUCGGUGCCCACUUCCUCCUGCUCGACCAGGAGGAGACGUUCCCGAAUCUCCACUGGCUGCCCAUCAUCUCGCUCUUCGUCUUCGAGAUCGCCUUCUUCGUCGGUCUCAUGUCCGUGCCCAGUGCCGUGCUCAGCGAGAUAUUCCCGAGCAACGUUAAGUGCAUCGCCGCCUGCUUCGCCAGUCUGGCCGGAGCCAUCGCCGCGUUCGCCUCCACGAGGUCCUUCCAGCCGUUCAUCGGCCUCAUGGGCACGAGCAACGUCUUCUUCAUGCACGCCGGCAUCACCCUCCUGAUAGUGCCCUACGCGAUUAUCUUCAUGCCCGAGACCAAGGGAAAGACGCUGCAGCAGAUUCAGGAGCUGCUGACCAGGCGCUGAUGCCCGGGCGGAUCCUGGCUGUUAUAUUAUUAUCAUUAUAAUUUUUUAGAUAUUUUAAGGCAUUUUUUUUGAAUUUUAAUCGACGAUCGGUGGGUGCGGUGCGCUCGCGCGAUCGUCGUCUACAUUUUAGGCUACUGUCAUGAUACAAUGAUACUCGUUAGGUAGAUUCGAUUUCCAUUUUUUUCGUUGACGCUCGUCCGAAAUCGAUUAAUUCGCAAAGUUUUGUAAGACCGCGCUUCCUCGAGAUUAUUUAAUUUUUUUAUAAUAAAAUAUAAUAAGCGUGCCUUCUGACUUUGUGCAUUAUCGCACAAGAUAAUUCGAUAUUGAUGCACAUAAGUAAUAGUAUUAAAUAAAUUGUUUCGCAUUAUCUAUUGAAUUUUGGACCAUUAGCAAGUUAUAGAAGUUUUUAUAAAUUUUCAUUGUAUGUAAAUAUUAUAUGAGUAUUCGAUUAUUUGAAUAUUACUCAGUAGAAGCAAUGAAUUUGUACAAAGAUAACGAUAAUUUUAUUUUUUAAUAUAUCGUUGUUAUAGAUUUAAAGAACUGUGUAAACGAAAAUAAAACAAAUGACAUUUUUUAUAUAAAAA